GUCUGUUCCACCUCGGGCUAUAAGAAGGCGGAUGAUGAGAUGUCCGGAGCCACGUCCGCGGCGGAUCUGGACGAGGCACCAGCCCGCACCAUUUACUUGAACCAGCCCCAGCAGAGCAAGUUCCGCGACAACUGGGUCAGCACAGCCAAGUACAGCGUGGUGACAUUUCUACCUCGAUUCCUGUAUGAGCAGAUAAGAAAAGCUGCAAAUGCAUUCUUCCUCUUCAUUGCCUUACUGCAGCAAAUUCCAGAUGUCUCUCCAACAGGAAGAUAUACCACCUUGGUGCCAUUGCUAUUUAUUUUAACAGUUGCUGGCAUCAAAGAAAUCAUAGAAGACUAUAAAAGGCAUAAGGCAGACAGUGCAGUGAAUAAAAAGAAAACAGUAGUUCUAAGAAAUGGCAUGUGGCAGAACAUUAUGUGGAAAGAGGUAGCAGUAGGCGAUAUUGUGAAGGUCACCAAUGGGCAGCAUCUUCCAGCAGACAUGAUCAUAAUAUCUACCAGUGAACCACAAGCCAUGUGCUAUAUUGAAACAGCUAAUCUUGAUGGGGAGACGAAUCUUAAAAUACGACAGGGUUUGUCUCAAACUGCUAGUCUCCAGUCCAGGGAAGAAUUGAUGAAAGUGUCUGGGAGGAUAGAAUGUGAAGGACCCAACCGCCAUCUCUAUGACUUCACUGGAAACUUGCGCUUAGAUGGUCAAAGCCCAGUUCCUGUUGGUCCAGACCAGGUCUUGCUGAGAGGUGCACAACUGAGAAACACUCAGUGGGUCUUGGGUAUUGUUGUGUAUACAGGACAUGAUACAAAACUCAUGCAGAAUUCAACCAAAGCACCUCUGAAGAGAUCAAACGUGGAGAAAGUGACCAACAUGCAGAUCCUGGUUUUGUUCUGUAUUCUCCUGGUAAUGGCCCUUGUGAGUUCUGUAGGUGCCUUAUUAUGGAACAGAACACACGGCGAAGUUGUCUGGUACCUUGGCUCCAACAAAAUGCUGUCUGUCAACUUUGGAUACAAUCUGCUGACGUUUAUAAUCUUGUACAACAACCUUAUUCCAAUCAGCCUUCUGGUGACAUUGGAAGUUGUCAAGUUUACUCAGGCUCUUUUUAUAAAUUGGGACAUAGAUAUGUAUUACCCUGAAACAGAUACACCUGCAAUGGCCAGAACCUCAAACCUUAAUGAGGAACUUGGACAGGUAAAAUACCUGUUUUCUGAUAAAACAGGUACUCUAACAUGCAAUAUCAUGAACUUUAAGAAAUGCAGUAUUGCUGGGGUGACAUAUGGUCACUUUCCUGAGUUGGAAAGAGAACGUUCAUCAGAAGACUUCAGCCAGCUACCUCCUUCCACCAGUGAAUCGUGUGAAUUUGAUGACCCAAGACUGCUGCAAAACAUUGAAAAUGAUCAUCCCACAGCUGUGCAUAUACAGGAGUUCCUCACGCUGCUGGCCGUGUGUCAUACUGUUGUUCCUGAGAGACAAGGAAAUACAAUAAUCUACCAGGCCUCCUCUCCAGAUGAAGGAGCAUUAGUGAAAGGAGCAAAAAAACUUGGUUAUGUCUUCACAGGACGGACUCCCCACUCUGUUAUCAUUGAUGCGCUGGGGAAAGAGAAAACCUUUGAAAUUCUUAAUGUGCUGGAGUUUUCCAGCAACAGGAAGAGAAUGUCAGUGAUUGUUCGAACUCCGGCAGGACAGCUACGUCUCUACUGCAAAGGGGCUGAUAAUGUAAUUUUUGAGAGGCUUUCAAAAGAUUCCCAGUAUAUGGAACAAACACUGUGCCAUCUCGAAUACUUCGCAACGGAAGGUCUGAGGACAUUGUGCAUUGCUUAUGCUGAUCUGUCAGAGAAGUCUUACAGAGAGUGGUUGAAUGUCUACAAUGAAUCCAGUACGGUUCUGAAAGACAGAACUCAGAAGCUGGAGGAGUGCUAUGAGAUCAUUGAAAAGGAUUUGCUGCUUCUUGGAGCUACAGCCAUUGAAGACCGCCUGCAAGCAGGUGUUCCAGAAACAAUAGCCACACUAAUAAAGGCAGAAAUUAAGAUAUGGAUUCUGACAGGUGACAAACAGGAAACAGCUCUUAAUAUAGGGUACUCUUGCAGACUCAUUUCACAGAGUAUGUCUCUCAUCCUGGUCAAUGAAGAUUCACUAGAUGCAACAAGAGCUUCUCUGACUCAACAUUGUACCAGUCUGGGGGAGUCACUGGGCAAGGAAAAUGAUAUUGCCCUGAUUAUUGAUGGCCACACACUGAAGUAUGCCCUUUCAUUUGAAGUCAGGCAGAGCUUUCUGGACUUGGCACUCUCCUGUAAAGCGGUCAUUUGUUGCAGAGUAUCUCCUCUACAGAAGUCCGAAAUAGUAGACAUGGUCAAGAAACACGUCAAUGCCAUAACACUUGCCAUUGGGGAUGGUGCCAAUGAUGUAGGAAUGAUCCAGACAGCUCACGUUGGAGUGGGGAUCAGUGGCAAUGAGGGCAUGCAGGCAACCAAUUGCUCGGAUUAUGCCAUUGCACAGUUUUCCUACUUGGAGAAGCUACUGUUGGUCCAUGGUGCUUGGAGUUACAAUCGAGUUACCAAAUGCAUAUUGUACUGCUUCUACAAAAAUGUGGUUUUGUAUAUUAUUGAGCUUUGGUUUGCUUUCGUUAAUGGAUUUUCUGGGCAGAUCUUAUUUGAGCGAUGGUGCAUCGGUCUUUAUAACGUGAUUUUCACAGCACUGCCACCCUUUACUCUGGGAAUUUUUGAACGAUCGUGUACUCAAGAUAGCAUGCUUAGAUUUCCACAGCUAUACAAAAUCACUCAAAAUGCAGAUGGUUUCAACACAAGGGUUUUCUGGGGUCACUGCAUCAAUGCCCUCAUCCAUUCCAUCAUUCUUUUCUGGUUUCCACUGAAAGUGCUGGAGCAUGAUGCAGUAUUCACAAAUGGACAGGGAGUUGACUAUUUAUUUGUUGGAAACAUCGUUUACACUUAUGUUGUAGUCACUGUUUGUCUGAAAGCCGGCUUGGAAACAACUGCAUGGACUAGAUUCAGUCACCUGGCCGUCUGGGGAAGCAUGCUGCUCUGGCUCGUGUUCUUCGGGGUGUACUCGGCCAUCUGGCCCACGUUCCCCAUCGCGCCGGACAUGCUGGGGCAGGCUGGAAUGGUGUUAAGAUGUGGAUACUUCUGGUUUGGCUUGUUUCUUGUGCCCACUGCGUGCCUUGUUAAAGAUGUGGCAUGGACAGCGGCGAAGCAUACCUACCAUAAAACUUUGCUGGAGCAAGUUAAGGAGUUGGAAACGAAGACAAGAGAACUGGGAAAAGCCAUGCUUCGUGAUAGUAAUGGAAAGAGCGUGAACGAACGUGACCAUUUGUUAAAAAGGCUCGGCAGGAAAACUCCCCCGAGCCUUUUCCGCGCUCACUCUGUCCAGCAAAGCGUGUCACAUGGGUAUGCAUUUUCUCAAGAAGAACACGGCGUUGUUUCCCAGUCACAAGUUGUUCGAUCCUACGAUACGACCAAAAGGAGAACAGAAAUAGAAUAAAUUAUUCUUCACUUGA